UUACGUUUUAGAAAUCACACACAAGCAUGGCCAAUCCCCAAGACGAGCUGUGCCCGCCACCCAGCGCCGAGGAUGAUGAGUUGACACUGCCCCGUGCCAGCAUGAAUAAAAUAAUUAAAGAGCUCGUGCCAACAGUGCGUGUGGCCAACGAAAGUCGCGAGCUUAUCCUGAACUGCUGCACAGAAUUCAUACACCUGAUCAGCUCCGAGGCCAAUGAUGUUUGUAACCAGCGUAACAAGAAGACCAUUAAUGCAGAGCACGUACUGGAAGCAUUAGAACGCCUAGGAUUUCGCGACUACAAACAGGAGGCAGAAACUGUCCUGCAUGAUUGCAAAGAGGUGGCGGCAAAACGGCGUCGUCAGAGCACACGUCUGGAAAAUCUUGGAAUACCCGAGGAGGAGUUGCUACGACAACAGCAAGAACUGUUUGACAAGGCGCGUGAGGAACAGGCACGCGAUGAGCAACAGCAAUGGAUGAGCAUGCAGGCGACAGCGGUGCAACAGAGCACCGCGAUAAUGCAAAGACAACAUACCGCAGACGGUAAUGGAGGAGGAGGUGGCAUCGGUAUUCCCGGCGUUGGCAAGCCCAGUGAGGAUGAUGAUGACGACGACGAAGACGAUUACUAAUAGAAUAAUAUUAGAAACUAACUUUAAUUGCUACUGGACUAAAAUCCAAGCAAAUAUAAACUAUGUACAUACAUAUAUACCAGCUAGAAUUGGAAUUUGUCAAGUAUAUAAAAAUAAGAAUCGGCCAUAAAUGAAUUGGUCUGUGUGCCCGAUAAAUAAAUAUUUUAUUGGACACACCAA